AGUUGCCCUAGGGUUAAGCAAAGGUUUAGGGUAUUUUGGUAAUUUUACUCUUUGUAGUUGCAAAGAAACCCUCCACUUUUUUAAGAUUUUGUACUUUAUCUGUGUAUCCACCUAAACAUAACCCAACUUGGCUUCCAAGCAAUUCUAAUUCUUUACGUCUACAAAAUACCAACUUCAUUCAUCCAUACCAAAUAAAUAAUCAACAAAACAAGGCCCAUAAAGUCUCCACCUUUUUCUCUCUAUAUAUCCUACUUAGAGUCUUUGAGGUGUUUCUUGAUGCAAAAUUAGGGUUUCGCAGAAGAUAAAGUUAGUAAAGAAGGAUUCUAUUCUUUUCCCACAUCAAGAAACAUCUGAUUUAACGUUCGAGUCUCGCCCUUUUAGACGAUUCAAGGUAUAAAAGAAGUUGAAGAAGAACAAACCCACAAGAAGCUAGAGUUGGUUCACAAAUAUUCUUCUUUAAAAGAGAGAAUUUUCUUUUACUGGCUCUUUAAUUCUUGUGUACUCCAACUAUUUAGUUAUCUUUCUUUGUUCAGAAUAUUAUAUAUAUUAAUCGGGCAUUCUUUACUAUUUGCUUUACUUCGAGGGUACACAAAUUACCCGGUUUGGAAUGAGCAUGAAAAACAGCUAAAAACAACAGAAAUGACACAGCUUGGUGCUAGUGAUGAAAGCAGUAACCUUUCAACUUCUUCAAGAAAUCUUAAAAAUGUUGUCACAAAUUGCCCUUCUUGUGGUCAUGCCAUACAACUUCAGGCCAAGGAGUUGAUUCAUGAUUUGCCGGGAUUACCAGCCGGAGUGAAAUUCGACCCGACUGAUCAAGAAAUUAUUGAGCAUUUGAAGGCUAAGGUUGGAUGUGAUACAAAUGAGUUGCAUCCCCUUAUUGAUGAAUUCAUUCCUACAAUUGAAGGUGAAACUGGGAUUUGUUAUACUCAUCCUGAAAAAUUACCAGGAGUUAGCAAUGGCGGACAAAUUCGUCAUUUCUUUCACCGUCCUUCAAAGGCUUACACCACAGGCACACGCAAACGACGAAAGGUGCACAUGGAUGCCGAAAGGGGAGAAACAAGGUGGCACAAAACAGGCAAGACUAGACCAGUCUUGAUGUCAGGCUCAGUCCAAGGGUACAAAAAGAUACUUGUGCUUUACACAAACUAUGGUCGCCAAAAGAAACCAGAGAAAACGAAUUGGGUGAUGCACCAAUAUCACCUUGGUAACAAUGAGGAGGAGAAAGAUGGAGAGAUAGUUCUCUCAAAAGUUUUCUAUCAAACACAACCAAGAAAUUGCGCCUCGGGUCUUAAAGAAUCAUCAUCACUUGAUGAGAAAGCCGAGAGAAACACUAAAACUAAGAACACGAGCUUCAUUCAAACUUAUAAUGUCGAUUGCCCUUUUAUGUCAUAUGACAUUGAUCGAAGACCGAUGAAUAGGGGAGUCUCAUCUCAUGUUAUUCCAAGUUUUGUUCGACAAGAUGAUACGUCACCAUUUGUUCAUCUGCCAAGUGGAUCAAGCAAAGAAUAAGGAAUAACUUUUAUGUAGCAAGAUGUUGAUCAUUCUCGUGUAGUAAUCGAGUUAACUAAGAGUUUAUCAGUCUCAUAAGGGCCCGUUUGUAUU